AUGUCGACUGAAAACAAUUGGAAGAAAUACUUACCGUUUGAAAACAAAAAAUUGAACAUUGCUGCGAUUGUUUUCUGUGCUGCAAUUUCCGCGCAUAAUGCGUAUAAUUAUUUCAACCCGGAAAUAAAAAACGAUGCAAUUUUGGACGCAUACUUCCUUCAUUCGCACAUCAAAAAAGAGGAAUUUGAAGAGCUUGAAAAGUAUAUUUUGAAGCAUGUGCCAGCAGAGGAUUUUUCAGCAAUAAGAAGAAAUCUAAAACCGACAACGAUUUUGAUGGAGGAGUCGAAAGACAAAGCUUAUCAUGAGGGGGCGGUUAUGGAGCAUGCCUGUCCCGUGGAAAUCAGAAAGAGCCUGGAACCUCUCGAGCGACGUUUACCAGACAUAAUCGGCGUCGGCUUCGCAAAGUGUGGGACUGGAACUCUUCAAUUUCUCGACUGCCAUCCCAGUGUAACGAUGAAAACGCUUGAACCGAAGUUUUUCAACAAUAUGAUCUCCCAAGAUAUAAUCAGAGGAAGGCCAGAGCAGUAUGAGCAUUUACUGAAGAUGUACAAGUCUUCUUUGCCGGCUGUGGCGAGGGAUGAGAUUUUGAUUGAAAAAUCACCCGAGUAUUCUGGCAAAAGUGCCGCAUUUACUGCCGAAGCAAUGAAAAUCGUCGCACCCAACACAAAAAUCAUUGCCAUCGCCUGUGACCCGAUUCCGAGAGUAUUUUCUCAGUUCAAAAUGAAAGAUCGUCGGACAGAAAUCAAGAAAGAGAACGGCGACUCGGAAAUGGAAUUAAAAAGAUGCAGAGCUUGUUUGAAAGGCGGUUUAGACGAGGAGAUCAAGGUUUUUACGGAUGAGGUGAAAUCAAAACUUGAGAAUCAAGUUGAUGGGAAGACAGUAAGUAUCGGUUUUGACGAAUAUGUGCAUGCAAUUACACCUUUUAUUGAGCAAUUCGGUGAAGAAAAUGUUCUCCUCCUUGAUGGCGAGAGCUUAAUCUCCAAUCCCAACGAAGAAUGGGGUCGUCUCCUCGAAUUCAUCGGAUUGGAAAAAGAUUCUUUGCAGUUCUACAUAGAUGAAGAAAAGGGAUUUCCGUGCCUCUCCAGCCCGAUCAAGUACUGCCUCAACGGUGCAAAGGGAACGUCUCGAAAAAUCAACGUCAGGGAAGAGUACCCAGAGGAAACGGCUCUUUGGCGAGAGUUGUUUUCGCCCAGAAUUAAGGAGAUGAUUACUUUUCUGAAAAUAUGCAAUGAAGUUGAUAAAGAGUGCUGUCAGAAACUGAAAGACGGACGAUUUUCGUGGGCCUAUGAAUAUGCCUGUGACUAA